AUGGGCGAAGCUGCUGCCCUGUGGUGUCUGCUGCUAGCGCUUUGUGUGACGAUACAGCUCAAUGGUGCGCGAGCUCAAUCGAAUUAUGUGCAACAAGGCGACAGCGGCAACUACACAACAAACGGCUUGCCCGAGGAGGCAACACUGGAUGGAAAGUCGCCUGUUACCUCGGACACCGAAAGUGUCGCCACACUCCGCCCAGAUCGCAACAAUCUUUCGACUAUUAUGGAGACACAUGAAGACCGUGAAAGUAUUAUGACAAUGGAUUCACUGCCAGCACAAAAAGAGACUGUACACAGUCAGUUCACUUAUGUUCCUGAAUUGCAUGCGGCACCGAAGCACACCGUGGAAGUGACACCACCACCACCACCAGAACCCGUGUUCUCUGUUUAUGCACGCACACAUCACGAAAUGGUCGACGGCCGUCCGGAGACUUGGUCAGACUUUACGGAUGCACCGACGGUCAGUGAGGUAACGGAUAUGACUUCCGAGGCACCUGAUAUACACUCGGUUGGUGAAAUGGUCGAUAGCACGCACUUCUUCGAAGCUGAGUACCUGCCACGUGAACCGCCGAUUGUGGUGAAAAAGCCACAGGUCACAUCGCACACUGUGGACGACGUAUAUUUGCGCACCAUUACGGAAAAGAAAACGAUUGAAGAUAUUGAGAGCCAUAAGCGUCGUGUCACCGAAUACAAGGCGAAGCCGAAACCAUUGCCACCACCAAUUCCAGAUCCAACCUGGGAUGUUAAGAUACGUAAUUAUCCGACCGAACGCGAGCAGCAACGGUGGGAGAACUUCUCGGAUAUUUCAAGCGCAUCCGGCAUGACGCUAACGCCAAAGAUGGAGCGCUCUGAACUAAGCUUGCCAAUUGUGCCCCAAGAGACGCCACAACAAAUCUAUGACAACAAAGAAAAGCUGACCAGCCCGCAGCUAGUGGGCAAUAUGAAACCGAUUGAAAUGCCCCCAGAAGAUAAGGCUGUGCCCAACUGGGAUGUGCUGAUACGUAUCUUGGAAGAGCCAGAGUUCUCCGAGGCUGAUGACGCCAGUUCGGUGCAUUCCAGCGUACACCCGCUUACACGCUACAUCAGCUAUGACGACAAGGCUAAAUGGAAAGAUAUAAUCACAACCGAAUCGUCAUUGCGUACUAUGCUCACGGCGGCAGUGGUGCGCGAAGACUUCGAACGUAUUCGGCAAGACACACGCUAUGAGCGCAUCUUUGAACCACAAACCUGGGAUGUUAUCAUCCGUAUAUUAGCGCCACCUGUCGAUGAUGAUACGGAUGUUGAAAUGCGCGCACCUAAACGCACAAAGAAGACACAACCGUGGGAUACCCGCUCGCGUCGCAGCUCUUUGCCAACUUUAUAUGAAUAUGACAGCGAUGGCGGUUCUUCUGUGCGCACUAUACGCCAAGAUCCCAGCAUGCCAUUACGUGAUAAUAGUUUCAAUAUACAACGUUCACGUCGUUCGUCACGUACAUCGUAUCACACCGAUCAAAAUGAUUUACGUUCAAUGUCCGAGGUAACGGUAGACUUUGGCCGACCCGAUCACUUGGAUAACGUUUCGGAUGCGAGCUCAUUCUAUCCAACGCAGUACUACGAUGAUGAGGAUAGACGCUCGUUCCAUCGUUCGGUUAGUCAUCCGUCACUAGCACGAUCGGCUAGUGAAUUCACCGAGCACUGGGCAGCACCAGAUGAGCUUUCAUCGCCGGAGGCUACGCCGAAAUCACGUCGUUCACAGCGUUUGACAACA